GUAAGCGAAACUGAAAGUAAUAUGGCUUGGCGAUGUUCAAUUUGUUUUGUUUUUGUUGCUGUUACGCUGCGUGUGCUUAUGAGACACAUUUACUCAGAACAUUCACAAGCACCAAAUUUUCGAAUAGAAUGCAGUGUCGAUGAAUGCAAAGAAACAUAUCGUAAAUACAAUUCUUUUUACCGUCACGUAAUGAAACAUCACUCCGACUUGCUGGAUAGGCCUAAUGAAAUGCAUGUCCAUCAGUUAGAUGAUGCUCGAAAUCUACCGAAUAACAGCGACCAGGAACAGAUUGACAUAAUACAGUUGGACACUGGGGAGGUUAUGGAAGUGGAUACUGAAGAUAAUCCAAGAGAAGACACUAUGGAAGUUGAACUUGACCAUAGUGAAUGUUACGAUACAGGCAAAGCAGUGUCUUUUAUUAUGAAUCUCAAGGAAAUGCACAGGAUACGGGAGACUACUGCAGAAGCUGUUGCAAAUGGGAUUAAUGGUAUAGUCCAGAAAUACAUCGACAUGUUGAGGAAUAAAGUGCAUCAAUGUUUGCAGGGUGCUGGUAUUCCUGAACACAUCAACGAGUUGAAUAAAGUAUUUGACGUUGAACUGCCAUUUCAUGGUGUGGUUACAUCGUAUGAAAGAAAGAAAUUUAUAAAGGAGAACUUCCUGUAUAUUGAACCAGAACUUGUUCGGGUAGGACAAAGGCUGCGAGUGAUUAGACGGAGAGGAGAUGCUAACCUUGAUGUUGUUAGAGACUUUUUCUAUUAUGUCCCUAUUACACAAAGUAUUGAACAAUUUCUCCAGAAUGAGGACAUACUUGAACUUAUUAUGCAGGAUCCUUUACCUUUUGAUGGCUUUUUUUCUGAUAUUAGAACUGGCACUGCAUAUAGACGUAAUGUUCUAUUUCAGCAGAACAGAUUAAGUUUGUCAAUUAUUCUCUAUUUUGAUGAUGUAGAAAUUUGUAAUCCAAUGAAUAAGCAAGCUGGAGUGCACAAAAUUGGUAUAUUCUACUACAGUCUUGCAAAUCUUCCUGUAAUUUAUCGAUCUCGAUUACCAGCAAUACGCUUAUUGGCUGUUAUUAAAAGAAGUAUUAUGAAUAAGCAUGGGAUUAAUGUUGUUCUGGAUCGGCUUAAAACCGAUUUAGAAGUACUUUCUAAUGGCAUAACAUUAUCCAUAAAUGGAAAUAAUUAUGAUAUUGUAGGGGGUUGUCUUUGUUUCAUUGGUGACACUUUAGCUGCACAUGAGUUUGGAGGAUUUAAGUUAGGGGUGGGAUUUGCAUAUCAAAAAUGUAGGACUUGUGAAUGCACUUUUGACGAAAUGCAAACAAAUUUUGAGGAACAUCUUUUUAUCCAAAGAACAUUAGAACGAUAUGAUGAUCAGUGCAAUGAGCUUGCAAUAGCACAUACAGUGGCUAUUAGAGAUGCUAUUUCUCGUUCUUAUGGUAUUAAUUUUCGAAGCAUUGCAAGAGAUUUUCCCUAUUUUAACUUGACUGAGCACAUACCACAUGAUAUUAUGCAUGUAAUGUUUGAGGGUGUUGCAGUUUAUGAGAUAAAAUUAAUAUUAAAAGUUCUUCUAGAUGUAAAACUUAUUUCAUUAAUAGAGCUCAAUAAUGUUAUAGAUAAUUUUUGUUAUGGAUAUGCAGAUAGAAGUAGCAGACCAGUGACAAUUCCUGCCAAAGUGUUUAAUGGGAAUGAAACAACAUUAAAACAAUCUGCAUCUAGCAUGAUAGUGCUUAUGAGACUACUUCCUUUUUUCCUCAUUGAAAAAUUAAAUUGUGAUUUCAACAAUAGAUAUGUAGCAUUUUUGGUAGAAUUAUGUGAAAUUACAUUGAUUUUGAUGUCUCCAGUUAUAUCAUAUGAGUCUGUGCAAAUGCUGAAAAUGAUUAUAUCUGAUCAUCUAAGAAAAUUUACAUAUUUAUUCCCUGACAAAAAUAUCAUUCCAAAACAGCACUAUCUUAUUCACCUACCCUCAACAAUAGAGAAAUUUGGAUGUCUCAGUAAUGUCUGGUCCAUGAGGUUUGAAUCAAAACACAAUUUUAUUAAGGAACGCAUGACUGGCUGUCAUAAUUUUAAAAACAUUGAAAAGUCUAUUUCAGAUCGAUGUGUUAUGUAUGAAUGUACUUUAAAUUUGUGUGAUGAUCAUCCACUUUUUAACAAUGACUGUAUGUAUGGCAAAACAAAGCCUGUGAAAAAUAUUAACUACUGCAAAGAGAGGCUUUCAAGUUUUUUUGGAAUAGAUGAAAACCAGGUAAUAUCUAUUCAUGAGGUGGGAUGGAUCAUAUACAAGGGUAAAAAAUUUGUAUCUGAUCAAUGUGAAAUUGCAUUUGGUGUGGCAAAUGGUAUGCCUGAAUUUGGAACUGUUAAGUCUAUUUGGAUUACCAAGGAACGUGUUGAUGAAUCUGACAUUCAGAAUGUUUACUUUAAUAUUCAAAUGUUUGAAACUUUGAAUUUCAAUGAAGAAAUAUUGUCAUAUCACGUAAAGCAACCUGAUUUACCACAAGGUAAUGAACUGAUCUACAUAGAAAACAUGCUAAUGCAUUGCCCUCUCCAUUUAUAUGAGGGUAAACAGCAAAACCUGUUCAUCCCAAUUCCUUAUGAUUUAGUUGAUGUGAUACAUAAAGAGUCAAAUAUGUAAACAAAGACAUAAUUAGCUCUAUAUUUAAUAUGUAUUUUUUCAUGUGAAAAAUCAUCAUUACAACACUACUAUAAAGAAAAACAAAAUUGUGUUAUUUUACCAAACUCUUUCUUAUUGAAGACAUAAGUCUGUCUGAGUAUCAUAUUAUAUGAAUAUUUCUUUACUGGCCUGGCUAUUUUAUAUUGUUAUGUGAUAUUAACAGUUGAUUAUGUGAUGUAAAUAUCUUUACUUGAAAAUUUUGACAUCCUAUCAUUACAUCAUGACUAUUUUCACAAUCUAUUAUUUGAUGUCAAAGUGCAUUAUGAGAUUUAAGUACAUCUGUACUUUCCAUAAAAAUUGUGCUAAAUUCUUGAUUGCAAUUUAGAUGUAAUUAGAAGUUUACCACAAUGUAAUGUAUUAUCUGAAUCAGAUCCAUUAUUUUUUUUCUUCUUUCAAAUAUUGUAUUUUUAAUUAUCAAAAAUGAAUUUGUUAUUUGUUUGCUGAUGUUUUGGAAAUAUUUUUUUAACAAUAAAACUGUUGCAAUUAUGUGAAUGUGAAAUAAUGAAAUAUAUGAUACUGGAAUUAAAUCCAAUUCUGAAAUCUU